GGCAGGCUACGCUCGGAACUCUAGCGAGGUUGACACUUCUCGGCGCCUGGCCUUUCUAUUAACGAAGUUCAUUUUGCUGACGGCCCCCUGCAAGGAUAGCUGUUGAAAAUGUCCCCCGACGAGAGUCAGCUCCCGGCAUCCAUCCGUGCACGUGUAUGGCCCGCGGCGAUGGCGCCCUGCUGCUGCUUUCUACGCCGACCACCAAAGCCAGGUGGCAACCAAUGACCAAAUUGGCCAUCGGGAGACGGCGCAAGCUUGGCCUACAAAGCGGAGGGAGUAUCGCCUAUUAGUCCCGGCCACGCUCGGAGACACCGCCAGAAGCAAAAAGGACGUUUCACUGGAAAUCGUUGCCCUAAAAGAGUGCAAUGCGACUUUCGGGCAUGCGAACAAGUGUCUCCCUUGUCCGGCAUGUUCCGGCGCAUUAUGGGAGAGGUUCCGUCGUGCCGCGCGCCCUGCGGCGCGGCUUUCUUCGCUUUCGCGAAGGGAGCGCCUCUGCGGGGGAGGAAAGGCAGCAUCUUUUUCAUCUUUAUUCGUCCGCUGUCCGCGACCCGAGUAGUGUGGCUGGUGCGAGCGCGACAUGGCCACCGAACGCACCGACAGCGCUGCAGCGUGGUGCAGUUGCGAAGACGCCAUGUCCUCAUCAUCCAACUGGUACAGCCCCCUCCAGGACGUUCCUAAAGAUGGGCUCACAGACUUCAUCCCCAAAAAGAGCCUAAGGAGAAGCGUUGCAAAUGAAAGUCCAAGGAGUUGGAUGGACCCGAAGCUGAUGCUGUCCGCCUCGCCGGACACCAACUUCAGUCCCAAGAUCUCCGGCAUUCCUUGCGUCGCCGCGGCGUCGCGAUACACGGCGCCCGUGCACAUCGAUGUCGGUGGCACAAUCUACACCUCGUCGCUGGAGACACUCACCAAGUACCCGGAAUCCCGGCUGGCGCGCAUGUUCAACGGCAGCAUCCCGAUCGUGCUGGACAGCCUGAAGCAGCACUACUUCAUCGACCGGGACGGCAAGAUGUUCCGGCACGUGCUCAACUUCCUGCGCACCAACGCACUGGCCGUGCCGGACAACUUCGCCGAGCUCCAGCUGCUCCACGAGGAGGCGCGCUACUACGACAUCCCGGCGCUGACGCGGCAGCUGGAGAUGCUGCGCGUCCAGCGGCAGCGGCGCGCCGCCCAGCAGCAGGCGCCGGGCGGCGCCGUGGCCAGCACGACGAGCACGUCGCCGCUGAGCCCGGCGUCGGCGCAGCCCAAGCGGCCCGACCAGACCAACCACUGCGACGGCCUGGUGGCGCCCUCGGAGCCCGACGCCGAGCGCUUCCACGACUCGGCCUUCCAGUGCCUGGCGCUCAACAUCAGCCCCGAGAUGGGCGAGCGCAUCGUCAUCAGCGGCGAGCGGUCGCUCGUCGAGCACGUCUUCCCCGAGAUCUCGCAGGCCCUGAUGGACGUGCGCAGCGGGGUCGCCUGGAACCAGGACACCAAGCACGUGAUCCGGUUCCCGCUCAACGGCUACUGCAAGCUCAACUCGCUGCAGACCAUCACGAGGCUGCUGAACGCCGGCUUCCGGGUGAUGGCCUCCAACGGCGGCGGUGUCGAGGGACAGCAGUUCAGCGAAUACCUCUUUGUGCGCAAGAACCUGCCCGCCUGACGAGGUGACAGUGCGCGAGAGAACGGGGACGCUGCCGCAGGCCCGCGCCCCGGCGUAGUGGACUGGCUUUUACCUUCUACCCGCUCCGGAAAAGAAUGGGGUUCUCGUGGGAGCGGUGCCAUACAGCCUCUCUGUGCCACACUACACGUUACACACACACACGCACCACUGCGCGCCCCUUGCCGCCCUCGGCGGGCCCUGGGCGCGCGCACUCUGUAAUACAUGCUUCAUCGCUGGAACACGAGCCUGUGUAUCUUCGCUGUCAUAUGGCGGGCCACUCUGCAAUAAAGAUCUCAGACCGCA